AUGUUAUGUUAACAAGGGUGUAUAAAUAGUUUAAAUAAAUGAACAGUCUAAAUAGUAAUUUUACAAACUUUGAUUAACCAAACUGCCAUAGUGUUGUAUGUGCUCUGUUUUGCUUCAGAACUUUCGACCAUCGUCAUUCUCACUGAAACAACCUCUUCGACAAUAGCUCUCUCGCCCUGUAGCUUUAACGAUGGGAUAUUGAAACUUUUGCCUGGAAACGUGGCCUGAAACGACGUGAAGUCAGCAACUAAUUUUUUUACAGUGUAUUUAAGCGGUGUCUGCACAUUCACAGGGAAACCACGGAGGUUUGCCACGAGUUUACUCAGUAUUUAAUGAGGCACAAAGAGACAAAGUGCUAAAUCAACGAUGAAUGGUUGCGACUGGCUGCAAACGCAGUGCAUCUCCGCAGAGAAGUAAAUCAGGGGGAAAAUCUCAAAUUAAAAAAGCACAAAUCUCCAGCGUUUGAAACUUUUCCGAAAAGUGCGUGCGCUGCUGCUGCUGCUGCUGCUGCUGUGAGCACAGAGCAGAAACUCCUCUGAAUGAAAAGCAUUCUUCAUUCCGUGCGGAUGACCAAUAACUUUCUCACUUUGUGGUGGGCGCGUCUACAGAGCCUCGCACACUCACAUCAGCCGCAAACGCAGUUUAGUUUGGAUGGACGCAGGGGAAAGACAGCAACAUUACUGCUGCUGCUGUGGGCACAGAGAGAAGACGUUCUUAGAAAAAAAACAAGUGGGGAAAAACAGAUCAGGCCAAACGAGACGGAGCUAACGAGCUAAGUUAGCCCCUGGUCUGCACUCAUACAGAGAUUUAAAGUAGGGCGCAGCAUUUUUUCCAAAGGGCUUUUCUCAGGACACACCCAGUCCAAACCUCAACAGCUGAAUGAUUGGAAAGAGGGGCGGCACCGGCAACUGGAUCCUUUUUGUACGUAAUCGUAGACUGUGAUGUAAAUGCUGACUAUGUUUUUUAACAUUCCCUGUCUACUUUUGACCAUUCUAGAAUAAAUCAGUUUUUCCUUUUCAAAGCCUUAGCACAGUCUCACAGUAUUGUAAAAAAUGGUAGAGUCCAGUGAGGACUAUGGAAACUACACCUAUGAGUAUGACGUGGAGUAUGGAGACUUUGAAGACCUCAAGUCAGAGCAGAGCCAGAAAGAAACUAUGCACAUUAUCUCCGUUUUCAUCUACAUUGUUUCAUUUGUGCUUGGACUGAUUGGAAACGGGAUUGUUAUCUGGGUGACAGCGUUUAAAAGCAAAAAGACUGUGAACAGUGUGUGGCUGCUCAAUCUCGCACUAGCAGACUUUGUGUUUGUGCUUUUCCUGCCCUUCUACAUUGAUUACAUACUGCGGGACUUCCACUGGGACUUUGGCAUGGCCAUGUGCAAAAUUAACUCCUUUGUGUCUGUGAUGAACAUGUACGCCAGUGUGCUCUUCCUCACCGUGCUCAGCAUAGACAGGUAUGUGUCCCUAGUUCACCUCAACUGGUCUCGGCAGCACCGCACCAUAGCGAGAGCCUGGCUUACCUGCGGCUGCAUUUGGGUCAUAGCUGCUGCUCUCAGCUGCCCUGCUCUUAUUUACCGCGAAAUCCUGCACUUCCACGAUAAAGUGUUAUGCUUCAAUAACUUCCAUGCACAUGAUGCACAAACGGCAGCCACGAGACACAUAAUAAUUGUGGCAAUCCGCACCACGGUGGGUUUUCUUCUGCCGUUUACUGCCAUAUGUGUGACAGGUAUACUCUUGACCAUCAAAGUGAAUCAAUCUGGGGGCAUGGUACGCAUGUCCAGCUUCUCCAAAACUGUCACUGCAGUUAUUCUGGCCUUCUUUUUGUGCUGGACGCCUUUCCAUGCCUUUAGCCUAAUGGAGUUGUCCAUACAUUCCUCGUUGUACCUUCACAACAUUUUGAGAGCUGGUUUUCCUCUUGCAACCAGUUUAGGUUUUUUCAACAGUUGCAUUAACCCCCUGCUGUAUAUGCUCCUGGGGAAAAAGGUCCGUCACAUCCUGAAGCGUGCAUGCCUGGACAUUACUAAGAGUUCACUCAGAGAGCUCAGCCAAUCUGUCUCUGCCACAGAAAUGGAAUCUGUUCCAGGACUCCAUCAGGAUACUGUCCCAGAGGAGCCAGUGGAGUCAUCAGCUCUAUGAGUUUAAUCGUCUUCAGACGCCCGUACUUAUCCAUGAAAAACAUUAGAAUGGCUGAUUUUUACCGAAGUGUAAAUGGAGUGGAUUAUCUUGCGUGUUUUUUUCCAGCUGUAAUGUUCAAAUUUUCCUAUUUUCUUCCACUGGGAUGGUGUUACGCCUGCUGCAGCUCACAACUACUCCUGGAAUGGAUGGAAAAGCUGCAAAAGGAGUGCACAAGAAGUCAAUAUCAUCCUCUUAUUUCACACAGAUGAUCCAAAGCAACGAGGGCAAAAUCCAAUUAUUGCUGAGAUAAUUGAUUAUUAGCCAAAAUGAGGGCUAUGGUCCAAAGACGGUGUCUUACUGACAGAUAUUUACUGCUUUAUUUUGUCUUUAAUUAUAUUUAUCUCAGUAUCUCUUGUCUUAGUCAGUUGGUCAUAAAGAAGCAUCUGUAGAUUUGGGACAAUUUGUUUGUGCAUUUUCUAAAUAUUAAUUUUGAAUGAACUGUUUUGAACCAGAGCACUUGUAAAACAAUGAUUGUUCUAAAGAAUCAGACAUGAUUGUUUUUUUCUGUUUGUUUAAUGAUUAUAAAGACAUGUAGUAAUAUAUUUAAUAUAUAUAAUGUUUAUGUUUAGGGACUUUUUAGGGAGAUUUUAUAUAACAUAUAUUUAUAUGUAAUCCUAAUAUAUUGCUAGUGUCUUAGCACCAUUACUUUCUGAGUCUUAUUACUGUCAAAUAUUUUCUGACUCUUCUGUAUUGUGUUGUAAAAAUUGCUACACAGUCUGGUUAUAAUUUUGAACCAAGGGCAUUUGCUCAACAUUUUCCAAAAAUAAGAAAAUAACAUAACAUAUGCAGAUUUUGAUUUUGUUUAGUUUAAUAAAUUAAUGAUUUUAUUGUUUAGUUAGUUUUUUAUAUUAUUGUAUAUUUCUAAUUUAUAAUUAAAGUAAAUGGAACAUAUCUCAUUAAAAUUGUAUGUUUUUCGCA